AAAAGGAAAAAGAAAAAAAGAAAAAAAGAAAAAAGACGGUCUCUUCGAUACGGUCCGGUCCUGUUUCGGUCCCAGUUUCUUCCCUUCCCCACAUCUGUCUCUUCAUUCUCUCCAUUUCCCUCAAAAUCAAAACCAAAAACGGAACCACCAAAAACCUCAAAUCUCCGCCGUCGAUCCUUCUCACAUUCUCCGAUUCCCCACCGGAAUCGCUCAACUGAGCAAUGGUACCUUCCUUUAUCCUCUUCUUUUCUCAUUUCACCUCCGAACCCCUUCUCGGAUGAUGGAACUCGCCGAUUCCAGCGACGAACACCCACAACUCAACCACCUUCCCAACCCCACUGACUCCACUACCCGUUCCGCCACCGGUACCGGAAUAGGUAUCGAUCUCAACGAGAUCCCUUCUCCUUCUUCUUUCUCCGAAACCCUAUCCGAUUCAUUCGACGUCGUCCGCACCUUCCACGACAACCCUCCGCCCUCCGAUGGCGACCCAGCCCACGUUCCUCGCGGGGUUCGGGGUUCCGUCUGUGGUUUGUGUGGCCAGCCCGAAGUGCGCGGCCAUGUGGUGGUGUGUGACGGAUGUGAGCGGGGGUUUCACCUUGCCUGCACCGGAAUGCGGGGCGGUCACGCGUUGAAUUUCGAGGAUUGGGUCUGUGGGGAGUGUUUCACCACCGGAGUGAAGAGUAAGCGCUGGCCGCUUGGGGUUAAGUCGAAGCAGCUGUUGGAUAUUAACGCCUCGCCGCCGAGUGAUGGUGAUGCUUAUGGCGAGGAUGGGGAGGAAUUGCCGGGUAUCAGAAAGCACACUGCAGUAGACAAUUCUCUUCGUGGUACUCCCUUUUGCUCAUCUGCAAAAUAUAGAAACCUGUUACAUUCGGGAAAUGGAUAUGGCCAUCAAAGAGCUCCAGAUACUGUGAAAAACAAGGUUAAAAUGGGUUUAGAAGACGUAUUGCAGCAGAAUCAGGUUAUUGGAAGAAGCUUGGAUGUAGAUUUGGGUUGUCCUUUAGGAAGUUGUAGAAGUAGUAGGGGCACAUCAGUUAAAUUGUCAUCUCAAAAUACUAGUGAAGUCUUUUUGCAGGCGCUUAGAGAGUUUAUUUCUGAGAGAAAUGGUGUGUUGGAGGAAGGAUGGUGUGUAGAGAUUAAACAGUCAGUUGACAGUAGUGAACUUUAUGCUAUUUACCGUGCACCUGACGGCAAGACUUUUGGUUCAGUUUAUGAAGUUGCUUGCCAUCUUGGGUUGAUGUCUUCUAUGCAGCCCAAAGCAAGAAGACAGGGGUCUUCUCAUUUAUCUGGAAAGUCUUAUAUACCAAAAAGAAGGAAGCCGACCAAAUUCUCGGUUGCCAAUGGUUUUGUCGAUAACAACGAAACUUUGAUUAAUGAUCGAUGUAAGGGGGUCUUGUGUGACCGUCAAAGCCCGUCUGGUGUUACAGUUGUAAAUCUUGAAAAUUCUGAGGAAGCUGUGGCAGAAGAGAAUGGAGGUUCCAUUUCGUCACAAUGUUAUGAAGGAUUUCCACUUCAAUUUGAAGACUUCUUUGUUCUUUCCUUGGGGGAAAUUGAUGCACGACCUUCAUAUCAUGAAGUUACCCGGGUUUAUCCAGUAGGUUUUAGAUCUUGUUGGCAUGACAAGGUUACUGGUUCUAUUUUUAUAAAUGAAGUGCUAGAUGGUGGUGAUUCUGGACCCCUCUUUAAGGUUAGGAGGUGUCCAUGCUCUGCUUUUCCGAUUCCAGUAGGUUCAACUGUCCUCUCUAAGGGAAAAAGUGAGAACUUUUCUAUUGAACAACAGAAAGAAGAUGGUUUGAUCAAUAAUAGUAAUGACGAUAACUUACAGACAAUUUUCUCAGAUGUUUGUCCACCAAAUGAGGAUGAUAUCUUGUCUUGUCUUGGUGUUUGUUCUGACAGAGAUUUUAAUGUUCAUAUGCAAAAUGGAUUGCAUCAUGAAGCAGGUUCCAUUGGAAAGUCUGGAGACCUCUCAGAUUAUCAAUAUUUGAAAGAUGAAAUUGGCGAGAUUUCAGUUGAAGAUACUUCAUCAUCAAUAGCUUGGAAAAGGAUGUCCUAUGAUUUGAUCAAAGCAUGUUCUGAAUUAUGCAAUCAGAAAAACACUUUUAGAUUAUGCUGUAAUCAUGUGGGUAAUGAACAGAGUCUUCUAGGGCAUUGUAGAACUAGAGACAAUAGUGAACUGAACUCUAGACUAGCAAAGUUUUGUGGUUUUCCAAAUUCUGCAUUUGGCCAAUCUGUGGUUGAAGUUGAGAACAACCAAUCCAGUUUGCCUGAUGAACUUGAAAAGUGGUUGGAUCAGGAUAGAUUUGGGUUAGACAUGGAAUUUGUACAAGAAAUACUUGAAAAGAUUCCACGGAUUCAAUCCUGUUCAAGUUAUCAGUUUGUAAAUAAGAGAAUAGACAGUACGACUUUACCGGCAGUUGAAAAUGGAGUCCUAGAGGUUCAGAAAUUUGAUGGAGAAGAUUGUAAAGAAGACGAGCCACUGAAUUUUUUAUUUAGAAGAUUCAAGAAAACCAAGUUAGCUGGUGAUGGCAAUGCCAAUUACAAGAAUCCUCCUCCUGGAAAGCUUUUAUGCUCGCGUGUUCCCCCAGAACUUACUGGUGACGUUUACCAGGUUUGGGAUUUUUUAUCUCGUUUCCAUGAAAACUUGGGCCUUAAAGAGGCCUUAUCUCUUGAGGAACUUGAGGAAGACCUUUUCAACCUGCGGGGUGGUGGGGUUGAUAUUCUCCAAAAUUCUGAGAAUGAAUUUAAGAAAGACCCACUGUUAAAUUCUCUUAACACUGAGUUCUCAAAUGACCGAGUAUCCUCAAAAUUUAAUGCUAAUGGAGAUCCACAUGCUUUUAUACAAAUGGAAACAAGAGCGAUGAAGGAGGUAUCUGAAGUUAAUCUAGCUUCCUCAACAGACAGCAGAUGCGUGGGUGCAGCUUUAACUAAAGCUCACACUUCUCUGUUAAGAGUGCUAAUCACUGAGCUUCAAUCCAAGGUAGCUGCUCUUGUGGAUCCAAAUUUUGAUUCUGGAGAGUCAAAACCGAAGCGGGGAAGGAAAAAAGAUGCGGACAGUGCAUCUUCUAUUAGGAAAAUGAAGCUGAAUUUGCUCCCUCUCAAUGAACUGACAUGGCCAGAAUUAGCUCACCGAUUCAUCUUGGCUGUCUUAUCCAUGAAUGGUAAUCUUGAGUCAGCUGAAGUAACUGCUCGUGAAAGUGGAAGAGUCUUUCGAUGCCUACAAGGUGAUGGUGGUGUGCUUUGUGGUUCUCUCACUGGAGUGGCUGGGAUGGAGGCAGAUGCAUUUCUGCUUGCAGAGGCUACAAAGCAAAUAUUUGGAACAUUGAACAGAGAGAAGCAUAUUAUCACAAUAGAAGAGGAAACCCCUGAUACUACUGGGGGUGGUUGUGAGAAGGUGCUGGUUACUGAUGGUAAUAUGCCAGAGUGGGCACAAGUGCUAGAACCUGUUAGAAAGUUACCUACUAAUGUGGGAACUAGAAUUAGAAGGUGUGUUUAUGAUGCUUUGGAGAGGAAUCCACCGGACUGGGCGAAAAAGAUUUUGGAACAUUCAAUUAGUAAGGAAGUUUACAAGGGCAAUGCUUCAGGACCUACAAAGAAAGCUGUUCUUUCAAUACUAGCCGAUAUAUGUGGUGACAGCUUGCCCCCAAAAGUUGAAAAACGAAGAAAGAGGAUAACUACUAUUUCUAUAUCAGAUAUUGUCAUGAAGCAAUGUCGCACUGUAUUACGUCGUGCUGCUGCUGCAGAUGAUGCAAAAGUCUUCUGCAACUUGCUUGGUCGGAAAUUGAUGGCUUCAAGUGAUAAUGAUGAUGAAGGGCUUCUUGGUCCGCCAGGCAUGGUUUCUCGGCCGUUGGAUUUCCGGACUAUUGAUUUGAGACUAGCUUCCGGGUCUUAUGAUGGAUCACAUGAAGCAUUUCUUGAGGAUGUUCAGGAGCUCUGGAAUAACUUGCGCUAUGCUUAUGGUGAUCAGCCUGAUUUGGUCGAAUUAGUUGAGACAUUAUCUGAGAAUUUUGAGAGGCUGUAUGAAAAUGAGGUUCUAUCUCUUAUUGAAAAACUUAAGGAGUUCUCCAAGCUAGAAUCUCUUAGUGCAGAGACGAAAGUAGAAGUAGAUGGCUUUCUUGUUUCCUUAAAUGAGAUUCCAAAAGCUCCUUGGGAUGAAGGAGUCUGUAAAGUGUGUGGCAUUGAUAAAGAUGAUGAUAGCGUCCUUCUAUGUGAUACAUGUGAUGCUGAAUAUCAUACAUAUUGUUUGAAUCCUCCUCUUGCCAGGAUUCCUGAAGGGAACUGGUACUGUCCCUCUUGUGUAAUGGGAACACGUAUGGUUGAAGAUCCAUCUGAACAUACUAAAAACCACAUUAUUAACCUGCAUAAAGGCAAGAAAUUCCGUGGAGAAGUUACUCGUGAUUUUCUGAAUAAACUUGCCAAUCUAGCAGCUGCAUUGGAAGAGAAGGAGUAUUGGGAGUUCAGUGUCGACGAGAGAUUAUUCUUACUCAAAUAUCUAUGUGAUGAGUUGCUCAGUUCUGCCUUGAUUCGGCAACAUCUUGAGCAGUGUGUGGAGGCAUUGGCAGAGUUGCAGCAGAAAUUACGUUCGUGUUUCAUUGAGUGGAAAAACCUGAAGUGUAGGGAAGAAGUUGUUGCUGCAAGAGCUGCAAAACUUGAUACAACUAUGCUUAGUGCAGUUCGAGAAGGACAGGGUAGUUGUGAUGGAGCUAGGCUUGGUGCUUCUGAUCAAUACUCAUCUUUAACUAGUUUAGAGAAUAAGUGUCACAACCAUGCAAGUUUUCAAGAACAAAUGAGCAGUGCCCACGAUGUUACUGAUAACAAUGAUGCUGGUGGCAAUGUCCUAUCCAGUUCAGGGUCUCAAAACAGUGGCAAACCUGUAAAAUUCAACGAGCCAUCUUUGUCUGGUUUGCCACAAGAAGUUGAUGGUUCUGACCAAAGUAAUAUGGAGACUGAAAUUUCUAUUCUACCAUCUGGAAAGCAAUAUUUUACACCUUGUGAUGCUAAUGGAGUGCCUGUAGCUCCCCAAGUUCCUCCUCCAAAUGAAUCACAAGCCUAUCAUAGUGAGUUGGAUAGUAUUAAGAAGGACAUAUUGCAGGUGCAGGAUUCUAUAGCAAGUACAGAGUUGGAGCUUCUGAAGAUAUCUGUACGAAGGGAGUUUUUGGGCAGUGAUGCUGCUGGUCGGCUGUAUUGGGCUAGUGUUAUGUCAAAUGGACUGCCACAAAUCAUCAGUAGUGGGAGUUCGGUACAUAUUGGAAGUGAAUCCAGAGACCGAGUUGUUAAGGGUCGUUUUUUCAAGAAUUAUACUUCAACAAGCAAUGCAAAUUCUUCAACUUUAAAUUCAAAUAUGUAUUCCUCAUUGCUUCAUCUGCCAAAGGAUUUUAUUGGAAAUUCUCCAUGUAUUUCUUAUCAAACAGAGGCGGAUAUAUUAGAGCUCAUUGAUUGGCUGAAAGAUAGUGACCCCAAAGAAAGGGAGUUAAAGGAGUCUAUUUUGCAAUGGCUUAAACCUAAACUUCAGACAUCUUCACGAUCCAAUAAUCAAAGUCCUGAGGAGCAACUUAAGGAUUCAUCAUCAAGCUCGGAUGUUGAAAAACUUGAAUGUUCUGGUUUUCUUGUUAAUAGGGCGUCUGCUUUAUUAGAAAGUAAGUAUGGUCCCUUUCUUGAAUUUGUAACACCUGACGACUUAAAUAGAUGGCUAGACAAGGCCAGGCUAGCUGAAGAUGAGAAAAUGUUCAGGUGUGUAUGCAUGGAACCUGUCUGGCCAUCUAGGUACCAUUGUCUCUCUUGCCAUAGGAGUUUUUCAACUGAUGUUGAACUUGAGGAGCAUGAUAAUGGACAGUGUAGUUCACUCCCAGCCUCAUGUGAUGGCAUUAAGGAAGUUGGCGACUCUUCAAAAAGUAAAUGCAAUAUCAAAUUUGAAAGCAAGCAGGAAGAGAGCUCGAGCAUGGUCAUAGCAGAAACUUCUAGAGGGUAUUUUAACCAUAGUAUGGGGUUAAUUAAGUAUCAGAAUGAUGGUAUGAUGUGCCCAUAUGACUUUGAACUCAUCUGUUCCAAGUUUUUAACGAAAGAUUCAAACAAGGAUCUUAUUAAGGAGAUUGGACUUAUUAGUUCUAAUGGGGUUCCAUCAUUUCUGUCAUCUGUAUCACCCUAUAUUAUGGAAUCAACGUUGAAUGUAAUUGAUCUCAAGAAAGAUUCUAGUACUCCGGAGGAUGGGACCUUGCUUUCUGAAUGGCCUUCACUAGAAAAUAUUAUUCUGGAAAAUGGUUGCCAUCAAAGUUCAUCUAUAGAUAGUUCAAUUCAAAAACCCGCUGGAAAUGAAAUUAGUGCACCGAAAACAAAAAGACUCGCAGCAGGAUGCCUAGAACCAAAAAGUAAAAAAAUCUGCAUGGAUAACCGUUUUUCAGAGUUUGGGAUUGGUAGAUGCUUUGUCAUCCCACAAUCAUCACAAAGGCCAUUAGUUGGCAAAAUCUUGCAAGUUGUAAGAGGACUGAAAAUGAAUCUGCUUGACAUGGAUGCUGCACUUCCUGAUGAAGCUCUAAAACCAUCAAAACUACAUAUUGAACGAAGAUGGGCUUGGCGUGCAUUUGUGAAAUCUGCAGGAACAAUUUAUGAGAUGGUUCAGGCAACCAUUGCAUUAGAGGACAUGAUUAGAACGGAAUACUUAAAGAAUGAAUGGUGGUAUUGGUCAUCUCUCUCUGCUGCCGCCAAAAUAUCUACCGUAUCGUCUCUUGCACUUCGUAUAUUCUCUCUUGAUGCUGCUAUUAUAUACGAGAAGAUAUCGCCUAAUCAAGAUUCAAAUGACUAUUUGGACACGACGAGCAGUAUACCAGAACAGAAGCUGGGUGGUGUGGAUUUAACAGAAAAGCCGAGGACAAGCAGCAGGAAAUCUGGCAAGAAAAGAAAGGAGCCGGAAGGUUAAGUUGGGAGCUCAUAGUAUUAUUACUUCUGACAAAAAUCUAUCCAGAGGGUUCAUUCCAGUGGUUAUGGUGGUGGUAGAGGUCUUGUGUUUAGAAGACAAGCACCUUCAAUUCAUUUUGUUGUUUAUACCAUGUCAUUGCUCCUUCACCAAUUUGGAGUUAUUUGCGACAUCACUGCUACAACCAUUACACACCCCUGCUGCUGACAGAUCGUCUGUACAUAGAGGUAACUCUACUAACUGGGAUACGCAGUUCAGAAUCUAUAACUGAGCGCUUUGUUCAUAAAGACUGCUUGAGGCUCCAACUCUAAAUCGAUAAUAUGGUCCCUUGGCCCAAUUUUGGACUGAACUGCUGGAGUAUUUUUUUUCUCUCUUUCUUUUUUCUUUGUUUCAUUAAAAUGCUUGGAGCGGGUAGGAUCCAAUGAUGUCUAUUAUUCAAGAGAAACUCAUUUAGGAAGGAUGAGAGCAAGGUCCAUACACAUAGAAAAGCAUUAUGUAUAAAUAGAAAAGGGAGAAGGGAAGUCCAGAAAAAAGAACUGAAGCUCAGUUGUAAUCAUAUUUAAUUCUUUACAUUUCUUUCCCCCUCCCCUUGACCCAUAUUUUUUUUCUCUGCCAUUUUUUUGCAUCCCAACUGGGUACUUAUAGUUGUAGAUUUCUGGAUCAUCAUUCACUGGAGAGAGGAAAACUCGUUCUCUUUUCUCCUUAACUUCUCCCAUGUUGCGAAUAACCUACGUGAUGGAUUUUUUGCUCGACACGACUUUCACCCUGCAUGUUUCUCAUUGGUUGCCAUUACAGGCAUUAGUAUUAACAAUCUUAUAUUAGACUUUUCUUCUUUUUAGUUCGUCUGUGUUCCUAGGUGCUUGACGAGUGACUUGUUUGGGACCUUCCUCAAUCAUUGUAACAGUUAGUUAGAACGUGCUAUGCUGUGAUUUAGAUAAUCUUGAAUAUUUUUUAUUAUAGCAAUCAAAGGGAGUUAAUUGCACAAGCCUCCUUUUUUA